GUCGCACGCCUUUGGUCCGAAAACUGCUGGAGUCUGAAACGGCUCGGACUUGCUGGAGGCAACCCGGUCAACCUGCGGAUGCUGUGAACCAGGAGCUGCGCAAAAAGCGGGAGAGCUCCAGGAUUCCUUCCCGGAAAAGCCCUCCUCUACACUCUCAAGAAAACCCUACCUUUCUCCUUCCCGCUGUGAAAUGGUGCCUUCUGGGCAGCGCACACCCAGGCAUUGCCGAGUUCCUGCUGGGGUGUGUGCAGAAGAAUGGCUGCGGCAGAACCUCUGACAGCUUUCUCACGAUGGUACCUCUAUGCCAUUCAUGGCUAUUUCUGUGAGGUGAUGUUCACAGCAGCCUGGGAGUUUGUGGUCAACUUUAACUGGAAGUUCCCAGGUGUUACCAGUGUGUGGGCGCUCUUCAUCUAUGGCACCUCCAUCCUCAUUGUGGAGAAGAUGUAUCUGUAUCUCAAAGACAAGUGUAACAUUUUAGUGCGCUGCUUCAUUUACACGCUUUGGACAUACCUCUGGGAGUUUACCACUGGCCUCAUCCUACGCCAGUUCAAUGCCUGCCCAUGGGACUAUUCCCAGUUUGAUUUUGACUUCAUGGGCCUGAUCACCCUGGAGUAUGCCAUCCCAUGGUUUUGUGCUUCUAUCAUUAUGGAGCAGCUGGUGAUCAGAAACACGCUGCGCUUACGAUUUGAUGAGACUGCUGAGCCAGGGGCCCCCACCGUCCCCGUUGCCUUGGCCAACGGCCACGUGAAGACUGACUGAGCAGUGAUUUGGAACCAUACUUAGCAAUCUGAGAGAGCCCAGACCUCUACCACAGACUGCCAGCUCUGGCUCUGAGGUACUGAUCCUUGCUGUAUGAUAAGUUUCAUAAACCCCAUUUUUCUAAUGGGGCGUGCAUGGGAUAUACCAGAAAAAAAUGGAACCAAUAGAUUUUCUAUGGAUUUUACUCUUUGGGCUCCAAGGACCCAUAUGUUACUUGUUAGUUAGGUCAUUUCUGAUUUUAACUUAUUACAAAUGAAAGCAGUCCUUUUGCUUACUCUUUUAUGUGGAGAAAGAAGAAAAAGAAAUACUAAGGUGGAAAUGCAUACAAAAAGAAAAAAAAAACUGAUUAGCGGAUGGACAUGGACGCGCCAGCUAAAUUAGUGAUUGGCUUACUCCAUUAGGCAAUAUUCAGGUGCUUGCUUGCAACCAAUACCUCCCGUGGGACCUGAGAUGCUGCAGGAAUGAGGAAAAUCCAUCUGCUGUUGAGAAGAACCUAAGACUGGCAGUCUGCUGGGGAGGUGGAGGGUAUUGCCCUUGCGAGGUCCCACUGGCCUCUCCCCAGGUUCUUUGUUGCACCGUGAAAUAAUCUGGUGCUGGACAUCUUGCUGAAUUUAUACAGAUCUUGUACUUUUUGAAAUCUCAGUCCUGAUACUCACUAGAAAUUUUUCUUUUUUUUUCUUUUUUUUUUUCUUUUUUUUCUUCUCUUUUUUCCUUUUUUUUUUUUUUUUUUUAAAUAAAGGCCAUUUUUUGCCAAGCAAAUUUUACCAUAAUCUGUGCAAUCUGAAUCUUGGCAAAAGGCGCAAGAAAUAGCGUGAGUCUUCCCAUCUCCUCUGUCCCCUCGAAGCAGACCUUACCUGAAGGGCAGCUGCAGAUUCCAGCUCCCAUCUCAGCCAUGCAAACCUCGGAGAGGCUGUACAGGCCACAGAGUUUUCUGCCUUCCUUCCCAGGGAUUCUUCUGUUUCUGGUGAUGUUGAUGAUUUAGUCUGGCUGCAACCCCUUGUAUUUGAAGGUCAAGACCUUCAUGUGACCAACGUGGCAUCCAGGAUUGGGUCCUCUGGCACUGACUCUCACCUUCCUUCAGCACUGGCAGGGCUUGUGUCAGUUCUGCCCAGUUGUUCUCCUCAGUGUAUCACGAGGAUUUGCUUUUCCUUCCCAAAUUAUGCUUUAAAUAACCACAGCCAUGUUGUCAUUACAAUAAUUGCAGGCAGCAAGAGAUAUGCCAUGCUGCCUGAUAUAUUAUUUUAAAAAAACAAGGCAAAUAUCCUUCUCUGAAGAGCACUUCAUGCUCUGCCUGAGUGAGGCUUUGAGUUAGGGUGCAAGAGCAGCAGUAGAGUGGUAGGGCAGGAGGGAGUGCUGUGGCUCCACUGUAGAACUACCUGUGUGGGGGAGAGUUUGAAAUUUUACCUGUGGGGGACAUUUGAGGAGUAUUCAGAGGGUGCUUGAUAGUGGCAGGCACAGGUUCAUAAGUUGUUCUGGCAACUCUUGGCUUUUGAAGUUAGCCAUGAACAUGGAGCUUCCAGAUGUCAGAUGUAUCUCACUCCUAACUGGUUUAUGGGAGAGAUUUGCUGUAGGUGCCCUGUAGGGCUAUAUUAAUUUUAGGUGUUGUGCCAGCAUAGUCAACAGAGCUGCACCAAGGAUCAGUUUGGCUUGAAAUACAAACGUGUUGGUGUGGUUGUGGGAUUCCACUCCUUUAUGGGAAGUGGCCAGGCUAUUUCUCUAUGUGUCCCUGUCUCUGGUAGGGAGCGUUCAGCUGUGAAGCUGCUUCUUGCCCUGUGGCAUCCGUUCUUGAGGGGAAAAGCACUCUUGGCCCUGUGAGGAUAAUUGCUUUUUGUUUCUCCUCUUAUGAAGGCUGUAUUAAUCCUUUUUGUAUCACACAGAAUGCAAUUAUUUUAUUUCUCCCCUUUGCCUUCUCACGUGGCAUCUGUUGCUGGCAAUGAGCAUAUGCAGACACUGGUGGCACAUAGUUAAUCGAAUCUGCCCUUGGGUAUGCAAUGUCUCCUGAAGCACCCAGAAUACUUAGGUGGGUAUUUAGAGUUCCCUUUUUAUAGUUCAUUAAAUUAAAAGAGAACAAACACUGAACGGAUUUUUUUUUUCCAUGCCAUGAUGCCAGUAUUAUGAAAGCAGGGGAAUAGAGCGUAGUUUAUCAGCCUUGAUGGAGUUGGGCAUGUAGACCCAGACAAAAUAGUCACCUGACGCUGUACAUCGGGAACAAAAGAGAUGAGAUUUGUAUGUGGGAUAAUGUAGAAGAGCUCUACUGGACCAGAACAAGAAUUGCAAGGUGCAGGUGAGAGUUGGGAUCUUCCCAUUUUGGCCCUGGUUCUUUUAAGGUCAUUAAAUGCUGUGUGUAAAGCUAGCUUGUCCUCUCACAGCACAGCUUAAGCAUGGUGUCGUGCUGCCUCACACACCACCCUUGCAUCACCUGAACCCCUCAGCUUCAUAGAAACAUCCUUCAGAUCCCUGCUUUCUCCUUAGGUGUUACCAAACUCUUCAAAAAGGUUAAAAGGAGUUAGCAAGGUGGUUUGGUGACUCCCAGCUGCAGCUGGGACUGGGAGAGGAGUGGCUGUUCACAGAGCUAACCUGGUGCACAGUCGCAAUCAUGUGUCUUGACCUUAGAAGCUCCCCACUAAAUGACACUGUUUUUGCUCAGUGAUGUGAUAUUCAGAUGCCCAAACUACUGAGGGGUUUCCCAGCAGCAUCUGGUAUCUUAUUCCGUUAUCCUUGUUGCCUGUGCCCUUGUAACAGCUGUCAUAGUCUGCUUUCCACUUAUGUCUGACAUGUACAACCCAGCUAUUGCAUCCUCAAAAGAGUGGUUAUUUACACCCAGAAGUGCACUUUAUUUGCAGUUUGCACACCAGAAACAGAAAGGAACCCAGCAAAUUCUUAAAUCAAUUAAAAUAAUUAUACAUAAUACCGUGUACCUAAUGCAGCAGGAUUAGCCAGACUACAGUCAGAGCUUUGUCUUUUCUGCAAAAUCUCCCUUUUUAAUACGUGAUGCUUCUUAAAACGUCUUACAGAAGUGCCCAGAGCACAUUACUGGGGUCUCAGUGGCAGCUCAGCAAGAGCUCAGGAGCUGGACUGAAGUUGUAGAGACAUUUACAUUAAGGAAAAAAAACGCACAAGGCCUAACAUUUGUUUGUACGUGUAUCUUCCUCAGUAGAUUAAAGUUGCCUGUUUUGAGUUCACCAGCAAUAAAAAAAACUUGUGAUUUAUGUACUUUGUCCUAACUGCAGCAAGGAGAGAGUGGCCCAUGGCUGCUUUUCUUUUCCGGGGGGGUGGUGGGUGGUGGGACAUGGACUCCAGUUACCCCAAGGUUCCUGUUUUGCCUCCCUUCUCUUGGUUCUCUCUUGUAUGGUCCACCCUAAAGGAUCUCAAAGCACAUGAUGAAAUACAGAGUCUGGUGUCCUGCAUGCAAGAGGCAGUUCCAGCAUUACUGUGAUGUUUGUUCAAGUUCCCAAGAUCCAAGAUCUUGCCGGAGGGGAACGGUUGUUCUACAGCAGGACCAGACUGCCUUUGGUUCUGCGGUGUUACAAUGGAGAGAAGUGUGUACAUGUGUACCAGGUACUACUGCGCCUUUGGUCUGAGUGCAUUUUGUAAUAAAAGCAGAAUAAUCCAAUCAA